GCUCUGACCUCACUUCCUGUAUUUAAAAAUGGCGAACAGCAACCUUAGAAUCGGUACAUGCAGUGUGUUUUGGUGAACAUCAGCCUGAUUAUCUGGAGCUGCUGGGACCUGAAACGACUUCUGAUGCAGCGAUAGCAACCAGAUCCAUUUGUGGGAGGCUUUAAAAAGUUUAACCAUGAGUAGCCGAAGAAAGAGGGCACCUCCUGUGAGGGUGGACGAAGACGCCAAGAAGAGGUUAAACUGGAACAUGCUGGAUGACCGCAAGAACGAGGAAAUCCAGGUAGAUGAGCAGAAACCGACCUGCUCCAUUCUUCCUGUCGACCCUCCUCCCAGCAACUCCUUUCUCCCAGCCGCCGAGGAUGUCCCGGAGGCUGCCUGCAGCAGCAGCUCGGUCUGUUUCCCAGAGGAACUUCCCGGUACGUCGUCAGACAGCAGCUCUGCCUCAGCCUCCCUGGCCCUCAGCGUGGUGCCGGCUUUGAAGCUGGGCCACAGCUGGAAGGCGCUUAUCGGGGAGUUCAGUGUCCAUCCGGCUUGGAUCCCAUCUGACUGUGAACUGAGAGCUUUGGUGCUCCACAGGAUGGGUGAGCAGCUUUGCCUCAGCUACAGCGGCUAUGAUGAGAGCUCAGGACUGCAGUGGAGGGCUGAGGAGGACGCCUGCACAGCGGAGUGCAGCCUCAGUGGGAUCCCGCUGGAGGACCUCGACUGGAUGCAGAAGAGGAAGGUGGUGCAGAUCUGCCACCAGGCCAAAGAGAGCUCAGUCGAGGUGGGGAUUUACUUGCUGGAAACUGGGCUCGGGAAGCCAGAGUACCUCAGCGAGGGAAACGCUCGGAUGAAGAAAGCAAAUCAAUUAAUGCAGAAGUUAAUGGAGUAUUUCUACGAUUUCAUUAUCCCCGAAGUUGUAGAGAAUGACGAGGAGGAAUGUGACACUGACCUGGAGAGGCAAAAUGUGGAGGAGCUUUAUGAUUACGUCAGACAUCUGCACCAGAGAGAGAGCCAGGAGGGGACAUAUGACGUUCAGCACAAAGCUCUUAUUCCUGUUCUCAGACCCUAUCAGAGCCAGGCUGUCAACUGGAUGCUGAAGAAAGAGAAAUACAGGAACACUACACCUAAAGAACAAAUUCUGCAUUUCCUCUGGCGGGAGGUGAUCACUUUGUGCGGCAAGAAGUUGUUCUACAACCCCUUUACCGGCUGCUUAAUACGAGAAUUUCCCCUGGCAGGUGUGGAGUGGCCUGGUGGGAUCUUGGCUGAUGAAAUGGGACUGGGAAAGACAGUGGAAGUUCUGGCUCUCAUCCUGUUUCACACCCGACAGGACCUGGAGCAGGAGGCCCUCACCCUGCCUGUGGGAAAAUCCGUAAAUUAUUUCGUACCUCCUCCUCCCCUAGAGAAAAAGGUUAUCCGCUGCAAGUCUGAAGUUCAGCCUAAAAUGAAAGUAUCUUACCCAACUGUGCGUGUCAUGCUCCUCACUGCAAUCAAGGAGAUGAGAUCUGGCAAAGGAGCCUCCGUCAACGCUGUCUUCACCUACAUCCGUGCCACUUACGGUUAUGACCUCCUAAAAAACCGCAACCACAUCAAGAAGAUGCUGGUGAAGCUGAUAGACGAAGGCCUGGUCGACCGGGUCAAAGGGCGCGGCUUGGCAGGGUCAUUUAAACUGGGAAAGAACUACAAAGAGACAAAAAAGACAUCAACAGGAGCAUCCAAGUCUAACUCCAGAAACACAGAGAGCACGCCGAGGAAAAUGUUUCAGAGACGAGCAAAAGAGAAGGCAGAAGCGGCGCUGCAAAACUCUCUUCUUACAGAUGAUCUGAGAGAUCAGUACUCCCCUGCGUCAGACUGUCUAGAACCAGAGCAGACGGCAACGAAGAAGGAAUGGGAUGAAAGUCUGAAGAAGAAAGCAGAAGACAUGCUGGGUCAUUCCAGGACAGCCUUACAUAUGGCUCAGGAUAAAAGUGAGUCCGAUACACGGGACGUUCCCAGAAUGGAUGAUCUACCUGAAGAAAGGGGAGAAGCUCUUCAGCUUGAAUCAGAAGAGAUGGAAACCCCCACCAGAGCGUCCGUUUUCCCUUUCAACACCCCAGACUACCGCUUUGAGUGCAUCUGUGGUGAACUGGGCAUUGUUGACUACAAGGCUCGUGUCCAGUGUAUGAACUGCCAGCUGUGGCAGCAUGCAGACUGCGUAAACUACAAAGAGGAAAGCCUCGAGACUACACCUUUCUACUGCCCCCACUGCCUGGUCGCCAUGAAGCCCGUCUCCACCGGUGCCACCCUCAUCAUCUCCCCGAGCUCCAUCUGCCAUCAGUGGGUGGAGGAGAUCAACCGGCACAUCAGGUCCUCCUCACUGCGAGUGCUGGUUUAUCAGGGUGUGAAGAAGCAUGGAUUCAUUCAGCCACAUAUGCUCGCUGAGCAGGAUGUGGUCAUCACCACCUACGACGUGCUGCGGUCAGAGCUCAACUACGUGGACAUUCCCCACAGCAACAGCAAGGAUGGACGCCGCUUCCGCAACCAGAAACGCUACAUGGCCAUACCCAGUCCUCUGGUUGCUGUGGAGUGGUGGCGCAUCUGUCUGGACGAGGCUCAGAUGGUUGAAUGUCCCACUGCCAAGGCUGCAGAGAUGGCUCUACGCCUCGCAUCGGUCAACCGCUGGUGUGUCAGUGGCACUCCGGUCCAGAGAGGCUUAGAAGAUCUGUACGGCCUUGUACUUUUCCUGGGAGUUGACCCGUACUGGGUAAAACACUGGUGGGACCAGCUGCUUUAUCGCCCUUAUCGCCGUGGAAACACAGAGCCGCUGUACAAUGUAAUUGCUCAAUUGUUGUGGCGAUCAGCUAAAAAAGACGUCAUUGAUCAGAUCCAGAUUCCGCCUCAGACAGAGGAGGUGCACUGGCUGCACUUCUCCCCCGUCGAGGGACACUUCUACCACCGUCAGCACGAGGUCUGCUCCCAGGAUGCUCUGGCCAAACUCAGGAAGAUAUCUGACUGGAGCCUGAAACUUGGCAGCCUCGACCGCCGCACCGUCCACACCAUCCUGGGCCCGCUGCUGAGGCUGCGUCAGGCCUGCUGCCAUCCACAGGCUGUGAGGGGGGAGUUCCUGCCACUGCAGAAAAGCACCAUGACGAUGGAGGAGCUCCUUAAGUCCCUGCAGAAGAAAUGUCGAGUGGAGUGUGAAGAAGCUCACAGACAAUUGGUGUGCGCACUCAAUGGCCUGGCUGGAAUACACAUCAUCAGAGAUGAGUUUGUAGAGGCAACCGAGAUGUAUAGAGAAGUGCUUCGUUCAUCAGAAGAGCACAAAGGCAGACUGAAAACCGAUUCAUUACAGCGACUUCAUGCUACCCACAAUUUGAUGGAACUGCUCAGCGCAAAGCACCCUGGGAUACCUCCCACGCUAAGAGAUGACAGACUAAGUGAGGAGGCGGAGCAGCUGCGACAGCACUACAUGACCAAAUACGACUCUGAGGUAGCAGACGCCCGUCAGGCUCUUCAGCCGGUGCUACAGAACAUCAAAGAGCUGAAACGCAAAGUGAAGCUGAAUAAUCCCUGGUGGCUGGAUGUUAUCCAGAAGGCGAUCCGCUGCUCCAACGACGACGACCUGGUGUCCCGCAUCAAGAAUGAGCUGACAUCCAGCUACAAACAACAAGCCAACAAGCUCACCAUGGCAGAAAAGUUCCGCGAUGCCUGUGGUCUGCAGUUCCUACUCACCACACAAAUGCAAGAUCUGAUGAAAUCCCAAAAGACUGUGCAGGACGCGGUGAAGAGUCUCGAAGGCCCGGCUUCAAAGAAAGUGAUUGAUGAGGCCACCAUUUGUCACCUCAGGCCUAUGAGACUACCACUCAAUAAUUGCGUUUUUUGCAAAGCGGAUGUACUUUUUAUCGAUUAUGAGUCCAAGCUGUUUUCUCACACGGUGAAGGGUCAGACGGCCAUCUUUGAAGAAAUGAUUGAGGAUGAAGAGGGGCUGAUGGACGACCGUCUCCCCACCACCAGCCGAGGUCUGUGGGCAGCCAGCGAGACUGAGCGCUCGCUCAAAGCCAUCUUGUCUUUUGCCAAAGUUAAACGCAUGGACCCGGAGUUGGUGGAGGAGGGCAACACUUUCAUGGAGCUGUUUGAGUACUGGAAGAAAGAGUACAAGCCACAUGAGGUGGAGCAGAACAGAGUGAAGCUUUUGAACGACCAGGCAGUAGCCAAGUCUCAACUCCAAAAGAAGCUUGGCCAGUUUCUGUAUCUCACAAAUCUGGAGAAGUCCCAGGACAAGUCUACUGGAGGGCUGAACCCAGAGCCGUGCCCCAUCUGUGCCCGGCCCCUGGGACAGGAGUGGGCAGUGCUGACCUGCGGCCACUGCUUCUGCAAUGAGUGCAUUGCUAUCAUUGUGGAGCAGUAUAGCGUGGGCUCAAGGCGGCGUUCCAUCAAAUGUGCCAUCUGCAGGCAGACUACGUCCCUCACAGAGAUCUCCUAUGUGUUCACCACCCAGUCGUCCAGUCAGGACCAGGACAUACCGGUCAAAGGAAGCCACUCUACCAAAGUGGAGGCAGUAGUGAGAACACUUAAGAAGAUUCAAGUGACCGACCCCGGGGCCAAGUGUCUCGUUUUCUCCACGUGGCUGAGUGUCCUGGACAUCAUUGCCAAGGCCUUGUUCGACAACAACAUGGAGUUCUCUCAAAUCAAUGGGAUUCACAAAUUCCAGGAGAAUCUGUGCUCCUUCAAAUACGAAGAAAAGAUCAACAUCCUUCUCCUUCCUCUCCACACCGGCUCCAAUGGUCUGAACAUCAUCGAAGCGACUCAUGUGUUGCUGGUGGAGCCGAUCCUCAACCCGGCUCACGAGCUCCAGGCCAUAGGCAGAGUGCAUCGUAUUGGCCAAACCAAGCCAACAUUUGUCCACAGAUUCCUCAUCAAAUCCACCAUUGAAGAGAGAAUGCAGGCAAUGCUGAAGACCGCAGAGAAAAAUCACACCAGCACUACCAUGAAGCACUCGGAGGCUGCCGUACUGACAGUAGCCGACCUGGCUGAUCUGUUUACUGAAGACACAGAACAUCUGGAGUGAAUCUAAACAUCUGGAUACACAGGGAGGAUUACCUGCAGGGAAAUAGAGCUCACUCUUUACAUAGUGUUGAUAAAAGUACUCAAUUUUUUUAACAUUAAACUUUUUUAUAUACUGUAAACAUGCUAAUGUUAUCAAAUACAUUCCCCAAAUGAUAUUUUAUCAGAUCACUGACAGCAGACUACAACAUGUCUCUUAAUUGUAUUUACAUUUUUCAAUCUCUUUGGAGUAUUUGUGCAUUUGGCUCAAUUGUUGUCAUUGUUGUUACUUGUACAAGGACAUUUGACUAGACUGUACAGUAUUGUUGCUUGUGUUAAUCUAAUAUUAGUAUAUGCCUUUAUAUACAACUUUACUGUAAGUUAAAUUGAACAUGUGGGGAAUUCAGAUGAUCAUUCACAUGAAAUCACACCAGUGAUUGAGGUAAUCUCACAACUUUCAGGAAAUAAAAUGUACGUUGGUGUCGGGGCGUCAACUGGUAUGACCAGCUC